AUGGUCUCCUUCACUAAGCUGUUCACCACCGGCCUGCUCGCCACCUCGGCCCUCGCCAUCCCAGUCUCUAUGCCGGUGACCGUCGAGGUGCAGAAGCGCAACAGCACCACCAACACCUCCAAGCGUGGCGCCGCCUACAAUGACAUCUCCACCGUUUCCGCCUUAGCCGCCAGCGGCACCAUCUCCUGGGCCUACAACUGGGGCAUCUCGCUGUCCGGCACACUGCCCUCCAACAUCGACUACGUGCCCAUGCUCUGGGGCGCCAAGGACUUCGGUGGCUGGUUCACUGCCGUCGAGACUGCCCUGUCCUCCGGCAGCAACUACAUCCUGGGUUUCAACGAGCCCGAUAUGACCUCGCAGGCCGACAUGUCCGCCUCCCAAGCUGCCGACUACUACAAGACCUACAUCACUCCCUACGCCGGCAAGGCCAAGCUGAUCUCGCCCGCUGUCACCUCGUCCACCACCGCCGGUCUGGGUCUGUCUUGGUUCCAGGAGUUCAUGGGCGACUGCUCGUCGUGCGGCAUUAGCGGUCUGGCUGUUCACUGGUAUGGCAACACUGCCGAUGAGUUCAAGUCUUUCGUCCAGGAGGCUGUCAGCACUGCCAAUAGCUACGGUCUGUCCGAGGUCUGGGUUACUGAGUUUGCGCUCAACUCGGACGCCGGCGGUGUCGCCGAUGCUGCUACUACGGCUACUUUCCUCCAGACUGUCCUCCCCUGGCUCGACGCCCAGACUAACGUCACCCGCUACUCUUACUUCAUGUGCGCUGAGAACUACCUUCUCACCAACAAGGCCCUGAACCAGGCUGGUCAAACUUAUACUUCCUAA